GCGUCCGGUGAGCCCGGGUGGGGGUGGGGGGUGAGGGAGGUGAGAGUGAGGGGGACGAUGUGGGGUGGAAGUGGUCACCGCGGGGCCACACAAGGCUGAAAGUUGCAGGUCUGAGAGAGAUCCCGUCUGGGAGGCAGAGAAGACCUGGGUCUCUGGUGCCUGCUCUGCGAUGGGUUCGCUGAAACCUCGGAGGCAAUUCAUUGCUUUCCCUCCCUCUCCCCUUCCAAGCAGUGAGAAAGUUUCUGUCCCCACACAGCCUCUGUCUGGGUAUCUCGAUGAGUUGAGACCCUGUUGAGACCUGCGCAGGAGCUCUCCUGAACCUGUGUCACUCACUGCCCCAGGACUGGCAGCUGCAACGGGUCCCCGACUUUACCCCUAGCUGGAUCCCCUAAUCUUAACCAUUCUACUGGUGUCUCAAAGUACAGAGCCACAUAAGAACAAGCCUCAAGAAAGACUAAGUCAAGGACCAUCUUAACUAUGUGCCCCAGCAGUGCUCCAGUCCGGUAUGUAAAGCAGGUCAUGCUUCUGUGCCACUCGGUUCGUUUUCCACACAGUAACAGGAAGGCCUUCCUGAGACUUUGUCAUACCUGACUGUUACCCUGCCAGUUGUGGCGAUUGAACCCGGACGUCACAUGUGAGUGAGGCUGUACGGCUCCCAGGGGCUCCUUUCAGGACUCACAGAAACCUUCUGCACCUUGGUGAUGGCACAAAGGGACUGUUUCCUUACUUAAUGACUGCCAAGCAGGAAGGUGAAAAUACACCGCUUGUCUCUCCUGGCGGCUUCCAGCCUCAGACCGGUGUAUUGAGCCCCUUUCAGAGGCCAAGGACAAGGCUCACCUGAACUAGUGCUCUGGAGUCAUGAGUGAAACAUCUUGCUCUUUCCUUACUGGGAAAGAAUUUCAAGAUGGACAGAUAGAAAGUGUCUCUGCUGGGCUCUCUUCAUCGCACAAGGACAACAGUGCACUUAUGGCUUUCAGAGGAAUUCCUAUCUCAGAGCUGAAGAACCAUGGCAUCCUCCAGGCGCUGACUGCAGAAAGUAAUGGAUGGCAGCCAGGCGCUGUGAGUGCGGAGAUGCUCAGAGCCCAGGAAGAGUGGGAAGUGGUGGACACCAUCCAUCCAGGCAUAGAGAGUGGGGUGAGCUCCCAGCAGCCCGGCCAGCUCAUCUCCUUCAGCGAGGCCCUGCAGCACUUCCAGACCGUGGACCUUUCCUCUUUCAAGAAAAGAAUCCAGCCAACUAUUCAAAGGACUGGGCUCGCUGCCCUCCGGCAUUGCCUCUUUGGGCCUCCAAAGCUGCACCAGGGUCUUCGGGAAGAAAGAGACUUGGUUCUCACCAUUGCUCAGUGUGGCCUGGACAGCCAAAACCCAACGCAUGGCCGAGUGCUCCAAACCAUCUACAAGAAGCUGACUGGCUCCAAGUUCGACUGUGCUCUUCACGGAGACCAUUGGGAAGACCUGGGCUUCCAGGGAGCAAACCCAGCCACUGACCUCAGGGGGGCAGGCUUCCUGGCCCUCCUGCACCUGCUGUACCUCGUCAUGGACGCAAAGACUUUGCUGAUGGCCCAGGAGAUCUUCCGCCUGUCUCAUCACCAUAUCCAGCAAUUCCCCUUCUGUUUGAUGUCUGUGAACAUCACCCGCAUUGCCAUCCAGGCCUUGAGGGAAGAGUGCCUCUCCAGGGAAUGCAACCGUCGGCAGAAGGUCAUCCCAGUGGUGAACAGCUUCUAUGCAGCUACUUUCCUUCACCUGGCACGUAUAUGGAGGACCCAGCAGAAGACUAUUUUAGACUCAGGCUUUGUCCUCAAAGACUUGGAAGCAUUGGCCAAGAAGAGCCCAAGACGGCUGCUCAAGACCCUGGACGAGUACCUAGCUCAGGUGUCAAACGGACAGGCCUCCUUGUUGGAGGCACAGAAGUGCCCCAGAUUACAGGGACCUCACUCCAAGGAUCUCACAUUCACAGGCGUGUGUGACCUACAGUCUCAUUCAUUUGAGAGUGCAGGGUUGAUCUGACCCACCACAAAGACCAUUCCUAGAAAGACAGACUGGGCCACCGGAGCUUUCUGAACUAAAGAACCAUGUCUGGGCCAAAGCUCUCCACGCUUCUGCAGGUGAGUUAGGAAGCUCCCAGGUGUGGGUAGUGAGUGAUGCCCACGAUUCUACACCAGCAUAGCUCAUUCAGGCAGCUAGAAUUACCCUCCAUGCCAUCUUCAAAGCAAGGAGUCUUCUGUCCUUCCUAGCUGGGCUCCAGUUCACAGGGUUGGACUCCUGAUAUCUCAGUGGAAGUGAACAGACCAUGCGCCCAGACAGCCCUAUCUGCAUUGUCUAUACAUCUGCACCUAGAGGGAGAGACCCUGGAAGCAACAGCUAAGAUUUUGACUCCUCAACAGCUGUUCCCCCCCCCCCCCCCCGCCCCCCAGUCUUUGGUUGGAAUUGGAAGGACAGAGACAGCAAUACCUUCAGCCAGCAGGGGGCAGCACAAUACAGAAAAGUGACUGAUAGGCAGGCCCCCUCUUCCUCCAGCUACAGGUUUCAAAACACUUGUUUCCUCUUUUCCUUUCUCUUUCCCUUCCCUCUCCUUUGCCCACCAUUGUUGGUAAUCUAGAAAUGGGCACUCGUCUGGCUAGACUGGUCAUCAAGCCCCCCAUCCCCACUGUCCACAGGCUGGAGCUCCUAUGGAGACCACUGGUUAUCCAGCCUGGUUGAGAGGCAAAGUAAACUCACGUACCAGCAGUUUUAGAAUAAAGGAAUUGUUAUAAUCUC